AUGCACGACACCUACCCAUGUCUCCACACCGUACCCUCCUUAUCCUAUCCCAUUCUGCCUUAUCUUAACUUUCAUAUGGCAACGGCAUCCCAUCCUGUCUCGCCGCACUGCGUCGCACGGCAACGACCUGAACCAAACGAUACUACACCACCCUACACGGCGCGCUGCAUAUUGAGUUGCACCGAAUACACAUUCUACGAUCCCACCCUGAUUCGUAUACAGUACAUCUGGUCUGUAUACGUGAACUGGAUCGUGGUUGGUGUCUUUCUGGCCUCCGCCUCUGUUUGGUUUGUGCUGAAACGAUUCCUCUACGAGGAGACUGCUAAAGCCAUGAUCUGA